CAUAGAUCUCUCAAUUAUAUUCGAUUAAUCUCCAAUUCCACAAGAACCAAGCUAGCUAGGAGGCAAUCAUGGUGAUCAGUAGACCAGUUACAAAGCUUAUCUUCUUCAUCAUCACCAUUGUUUGCCUCUCAUUGGCACUUUGUGCUUCUCAUGACGAUCACCAAAGUCAUUAUUCCUCUUCCCACCAUCAUCUUCAAGUAACCACCAAGGAAGUUGUGGAUGGUGACGAAAGGAUUAGCGACGUCGUGGAAAGACGAGCGAAGGGCUCAUACGGCGGCGGAGAUCUCCUCCGGCCACGGGCCGGCGGGAAGAAGAACGCGGCGCCGGCUUCCUCCAUGAUGGUUGCCCCUUGCCUCUCGUCGUUGGCCGGACGGCUUGCCGUUGCAGUUGUCAUGUCGAUCUUCUUCGACGCCUUCUAAUUCAAGUCCUAAUUACAUUGUCGCCCAUAACUUGGGAUUUGAAAGUGCGUUUGGUGUUGAUUAGUUAUAAGUUUGUGUGGAGGAAAGUAUAGCGAUGCAAACUCAAUAGGUAGUACGAACAACGGAUUUGGUCUAACGAUUUUAUCGUUGAUUUUUUUUUUCUCUCCCGUAAAUCCCCCUUCAAUCGUAUGUAGAAAAGAGAGGUGAAUAUGAUACUUAUAUUUCCUUUUGGAUCUAUGCACAUCUUGAUGACAAGUAUUGUAGCGAUAUAAUUCACUAAUAAACGAUGAUCUCUGGUUGAUUUUAUCGUGAAAGAUAUACUAGUUGGAUAUGUUUUUUUUUCCUUCGUAUUUCACUAUGUUCUUUCAAGUAUCUCAGUUGCGAUGUUUUCACUAUAAAUGCAUGCCUUGAUAAGACUUAUAGAACACAAGUUUAAUUUGAUCCUUUCAAAAGACAUUAUGAUACUUAACUGAAUCAAAUCAAGAAUGAGUUAAAGUGUACUACUUGGAUGCUUCAAUCAACGACGAAUUAAAGAAAAUAGCUUACAAAUCUGCACGUUACAUACCUUAAAAUUAGAAUAUGUAAGUUUCAAAUUCGACGACACAACCACUCUAACCAACUCGCCCACUUGAACCUAAAGAAAUCAAUCUUUUUCCCCACUUUGUAACAUAUUAGAUCGUAAAAAGACAAUAUAUUGAAUUUACCAUGUGCGUAAAUCAAAAUUUAUCAAACAAAUCAUGUACUAAAUCAACAGACAACAAUGCUACGGAUCAUGAAAGCCUUUGAGAAAUGCCUUUCCCCGCCCAAUCAUUUGGAAAAUCAAAUGGUCCAGGUCCACGGCCCCCUUACCUUGGGCUAUUUUCUGCCCGGGCAGAUUGUAGACUGGCCCACAACAUCUGGGCCUUAAAAGUGUGUGUUGAUAGGCCCAUACAAACCCAACGCUAACGAUAGCCGCACAUUCUCGUUUUCAAUGCGGGCAUGCAUGCAUUUCACCAACCCAAAAUAUAUAUUUUUUAAGCUAGUACGGAGUUAGAAAUCUGAAUGAAGAAAUAUAAUAAUAAUAAUAAUAAUAAUAAUAAUAAUAAAAUUUAAUAGAUUUGAACGUAGUAUGUGAACUAGUAAACGAAAUCGAAAUCUCGCUGAACAUAGUACUAUUGCCUUGAUUUGUUAUGAAUUUUACGUGUAUUUUUUUAGCUACAAUCGAGAAGAUGGGAAACCCUACUGUACAAGUAGCCCGACCACCACUAGUACCCAUCAACUCCAUGUACGUACAUACGUUAAUUAAUGUUACUUACCAAUUAGUUUCUUUUGCGACAAGGAAAUCCUCCUCUUGCUGCAGGCCUCUCGAAGAUUAUCAACACCACAGCUCCCACACACGCAGAUACUCGCUCGAUACGUCCUCGACAGUACACAGUCCAUCAGACACACACAAUCCAAUCACCACGAGACCCCGACGAUAACACGAUUCGAGAAACAAACAUAGCUCGAACGCGAGAACAAACCCGGCCCGUACCAACCCUCCUUGUUAUCUGAAUGGGCCCAACCCUAGCUAGCUAGCUCGGUGGUUGUCAUUGAUUGUACUACAGUUGGGUUCCUUUCAGAAAGGAAAAGGUUGUGGUGCGUACUGUGCUAUGUCGUUCUAGGGUUCUAGUUCUUGCCAUUAUUAUUACUAAAAAGAGAGAGCUACUGUGAAUAAAGGUGACAACUUUAAGCUUUUUAAGCAUUUUGUUUUGUCUGUGCAUACAGGGGCAAUACCAGCAGCUGGAAAUUUGAUUUAGUAUCUCUGAGUGACAGCUGACAAUUGAUAAGAAGAAGCAGCUGCUAGCCCAUUGAGCCAAUAUGACAAACUUCCAGGAAUCUGCUUUUUUUGCUGUUGCAUUGGGGAGUACAAGCAGAGCAAUAAUAAGCUCUCGACUGACUGAUUUUUCAGGAUGGUGUGGUGGUCGUCGUUCUGAGGACUGACUGAUAUCCAUAACUCUUUUUUAGCGACGGAAGUGGUUAGGUGGACACAUUGUCGCAUUCACGCACCAUGGGAAACUGGGGAAAGAGUUUUUAGCAACGAAGAUGUAAUAAUGACCACCAGGUUGUCUCGGGCAUGGGUUGCAAAAAAGGCUCAAUAUUUGGGUAUUUUCCAAAACCCCGAUUUAUUAUGGGUUAAAUCAUAUUUGAGUAAUUUUCCUUUUCGAACAGAAUCAUAAGAAAUAUUUUAUGGGUUUCAAUUAAAUUUAUAUUAUUGGAUACCCAAAAGAAAAUGAAUAUAUAUGAUUCCAAGGCAGUUUUCGUGCUAUUUUUAUUAUAAAACAAAUAAAAAUGCGUGGAAACCCAACAUUAAAGGUAUAGUUGGAUCUAAAUUGGACUCAUGUCUCCUGUUAAAAAAAAAAAUUGAACUCAUGUCAUUGGAUACUCAAAAGAAAAUAAAUACCCGAUUCCAAAGCAUUUUUUGAAUUAUUAUUAUUUUUGUUAUGAAACAACCAGAAAGAUGGAAACAACCAUAUACUAAAAGUGCAAUUGGAUUGAAGACAGUUGAUAUGAUCGAUAUUAUCUUUUUUAUGUACGUUCAUCUGGAUCCAAAUAAACCCGUUGAGAUCGGGUCCAAAUGAGGUCACCCAAAUUAGACUUAAUUGAUAACCAACUCAAGCUCAAAAUUAUUAAAAGCCCAUUUGAAUCCCUUUGAAUGUGACCCAAUACCAGCUGAGUCAUGAAAAUUGUCAUGCCUAUCAGCAUUUAUCACCCCAGCUAGGAAGUUUGUCUGAAGUUUAAUUUGCUGGGCUCCUAUUUCAAUAACCUUGACCGGCGAAGUUCAAUCUCAAUCACGCAUGUGAGCCAACGUAUCCAAUUGAAUGAUCAUUAAUAUUGGGGACUAUCUCCACCACUAUAAUAGAUUACCUCAAUCCUUUGCCAAAUUCCGCCAAACAAGGAGCAAAAGAAAAAAAAGGCAUAUCGCUAUCUAAUCACCAAGUGGGUUUCCCUAUCAUGAAAAAUACAAAAAAUAAGUGGUUGGUUUUUAAUGUCUUGUGCUCGAUUAAUGGAAACCGAACCAAGUUGAUUUCAUUCGUGUACGGAUGUGAAUUUACGGGUUGAGUGUAUCCAAUGGAUUACAAGGUGAGUGUAUCCAUUGGUCGAGAUUGUAAAUUAACCAAGAAAUAAUGGCAAACGAA